CAGUGUAUGUACCAUUAAUCUUAACCUCGUCCUUUUCGGGUAAAAGAUAGACGCUGAUUCAAGAUCAGUGAGUGGACGGCACACCAAUCCAAGAGGACGCGGCUUUGUCGACCGAAACUUGCAUUUAAAUGCGCAAAUAUCUAUUCGUCUAACUUUUUCCGCUGCCUCGAACGUGUUUCUUAACGGUAGCUACAGGUAGCAUACCUAACUUUAUUCUGGACGUGGCGCAUAAGGAUAAUCAAGAAAAGUAAUGGGACUCCAAAGAAAACAUAUGUUUUCAUGGUUGUUUGUGGCUUCUACUCUGCAGGUAUCGAGUUUACACUUGGCGCAGGCAGCUUAUCUUUAUACCGCCUUUGUGAACGUAUCUUAUGUUGACCCUGAAAACACAACUGUGUGGCAACGCAGGGAAAGUGGACUUUAUGGACAAGAUUCACCCAAAGCUUCAGUGUCGGGGGACGUGGUUUUACCUGAACCGAUCCAUGGCUGUGAAACGAAUACUUUUUAUGACGCACCUAGCAGUAGUAGGGGUUGGAUCGCACUCAUACAACGCGGACAUGGAUGCACUUUUUCAGAGAAGAUCAAUAUUGCGGCUAGCAACGGAGCUAUCGCCGUAGCAAUCUUCAAUGAAGCAGACACGGGCAAUAGCGUUAUUCAGAUGGCUCACCCAGGAACCUUCGACACAGUGGCCAUCAUGAUCGGGAACAGCUGGGGCAUGGAGAUUGUCGGGCUGGUCAAGAGCGGCAUCCCCGUCAUAAUGAGCAUCUCUGUGGGCAAGCCCCACGGCCCAUGGAUGAGCCAGUACUCCCUCAUCCUGGUGUCUGUCUCCUUCUUCGUGGUGACCGCCGCCACAGUGGGCUACUUCAUCUUCCACUCAGCCCGCAGGCUGUACAGAGCCCGGGCCAUGAUCCGCAGACAGAAACAGCUCAAAGCAGAGGCCAAAAAGGCCAUUAGUCAGCUCCAGGUGCGGACCUUGAACCAAGGCGACCAGGAGACGGGCCCUGAGGCAGACACCUGCGCCGUGUGCAUCGAGGCCUACAAGCCAGGUGACGUGGUGUCCAUACUGACCUGCAGCCAUUUCUUCCACAAAGUCUGUAUCGAACCCUGGCUCCUGGAGCACAGGACCUGCCCCAUGUGUAAAUGUGACAUCCUGAAGUCCCUGGGGGUUGAGCCUGAAACAGAGGAGGCUGGCUCCCAGGUUAACAGUCCCCAAGUAGCUGUGGUGCCAGAUUUGAAUUUCUAUCCUACUCUCCCACCAAUGACAGAAGAAGACUCAAGGAGUGAGGCGGCAUCAUCAGGUUACGCCUCUGUACAGGGCUCCGAGGACAAUGUCCAACAGCUUGCACAGACCCCAAUAUAUGAGACAGUGGCCGACCAGAAUGCGCAGAACGCUGACGUGCCAGUGGUCCGGGUGGAUGUCCAGCCGCACUAUGACAACCUGGGCUUUGAGGGAGACUCACAGGUCCCCCGACAGACAAGGACAUGAACAUCCACACACAAGCAUGUGCCCCAUAACUUCGCAAGUCCCAGUAUUGUUUCUGUUUGUGUUCAUGAAGAGGUACUUUUAGAGGAAGAAAACAAAUGCAGCCUAUACUGCAAUUUUGAGAUUAAUUAGUUACUUGCAGGUAAAAUGUACUAUUGUGGCCUGUAAUUUGAAGAGUGAUGGUGCCUGAUUUCCCUACUGUACAUCAACUCUUAUAGUAUACCUGAACAUAUAGAGUAGCAGAAAGAAUAUUUUAUCUUAAUGCUAAAUUUGUAUCACAGAUUUUUCAGCAUGGAAAAAACAUCACGGUGGGAAAAUAUUUUUAAAAUCAUAAUAGUAAGCUGUGCUGUACAUUUGAGUGGCGGUUGGUUAAACUGUAUUUUUUUUAAAGUAUGUUUUAGUUAUGAAGGAAUACUUUUGGACAGCAAAUCAGCAAUAGUCUAUGUGUACCCAAGGAUGAUUUUAUCAAAACAAAUUAAGUAAAUAAAAAUGACUUUAUUGAAUCACACAUCAAUUUGUUUGUCUUUAAGCACAACCAUUUUUUGUAUAGG